UGUGACUAGUCUGCAUGAACAAACGACAAGCGUCUUUGGGCUCACAAGCUCACGAGCCGCCGGAGAAAUCGCGUCGCACGAACAGAGCUUGUCUGAAUUGUCGAUCUCGGAAGCAGAAAUGUCCAGCCCCAAGUGCGGGAUUCGGGCAACAAGCCCCAUGCAGUCGCUGUCAGCAACUUUCCCUACGGUGUUCAUUCGAGAUUGAGACAGCUCGGGACAUCACGACCAAUGCAAGUCCCUCGAAGGUCGUGGAAUACAUUCUUGACUUGCAGCGACGACUGGACAGCCAUGAACAAAGACUCAUAACGCUUGAGGGGGGUGAUACUAGUUCACAGGUCCUCCGACCAGAUGUUACACCGAUAUCGUAUGAUGAGACCUACCAAUUGGAGUCGGCGGCGCAACCUUCCUCAUCAGCUAUUGUGCAGGUGGCAAUGCAUGAGCACAGGUUUGAUAUGGAUCAUGUUUCCCUUGAAUCACCUUUCGCGACCUUGAGAUCGAUGCGCGCAGGGGUCGAUGCACCUACCUACGAGAAUCGCAGUCAUCGAACAGAACACCGGGCAUUGCUGACCCAGCGUCAGACUGACGAUGUGAUCGCUCGCGGUGUCCUGACGUUGCCGGAAGCCGAGAAAGCAGUAGAAGUGUACUUUAGCUGCUCCCACCUCCAUGCACCCUUCAUAAGCGAAGCCUUUCGCAACGACCCUUCCAGCAUGAGAUUCGCGAUCCCCGCGGUGUUCCUAGGAAUCUGUUCAAUUGGAGCACGCUUUUGGGGGCAGGAUCUCACGCAACAGGCACAGCCAGUGUGGGUUGCACAUCCCCAGAUACAGGAGAUUGUUGCCCUGUUCGACGACUGUAUCUCGCGACUACUCCUCCGUCCAGCGUCUUCUGAUAUCUCUCUAGACACGGUUCAAGCCCUACUUCUGUACGCUCAGUGGAUGCCCUGUGAUCGCACGACUCGCGAUCGAACAUCUCUCGCCGCGACACCGCUGGAACUUGCUAAGAGUAGAUACAACGACACUAGUGCGUGGACUAUCCUUGGUCUUGCAGCUCGCUAUGCCAAGCUGCUGCGUAUGAAUCAAGAGGUCUCGCUCACCAGUCAGAGUGAUCACAGUCACGAUAUGUUUCCACGUUUGAGGACCUACUACAACUUAAUUUCCUGCGACUUCAACCUGAUGCUAAGCUCUGGACUGCCUGUCUCGAUAGAUCCGACAUCCACACAGAAGAGCAUGCAAGAGCUAGUCGGCAAUGCCGAGUCACAACUGCCGGGUGAUCUGCGGAUUGUGGCAUUGACCGAGCUCGUCAGUCUCACUUACCUGACACUCGUCAGGUGUAGUGACUAUACCGGUCGCAAGUUGGAUCUUAGAGCACUGAAGUCUUUGAAUGCUGAGAUGGAUCGAUGGGAAAAAGCAUGGAUCUCCAAGUUAGCUAACACAAGCUCGCAGCACAACCAGCUGCCAUUUACAUCAGUAAGGUGGUAUCGACUUGCCCUCAACAGUGCUUCGCUUGCACAAUUGUUUUCUCCGCGCAAAGCGCUCGAUUCUCAGCAGUCACAACUUCUACUGCUCCAAUCACUCGAGGUCUGCCUCACAUCCGCCAGCCAGAUCAUCAUCUCUCACUCCAAGAACGCUGGGGGCUGGAUUUGGAGCAUAGAAUCUCAGCUUGCUUCCUCCUUCCCGGAGGGACCGUUUGAGCCCGAUCCCGAAGCGCUCGGUCGAUUGCAAUAUGCAGUAGACUCCUCGUGGAUUUCCUACACUUUCGCGGUCACUUUCAUAGUCCUCUGUUUUGUUAGAGGAUUCAUAGAUGAAAACCUCCAGCUGCGCUGCAUGCAGGAAGACUGGUCGGAAACCGCUCAGAGGUCACCAAAAGUACGACCCGAGUCAAUCACACAACGACUGCUGUGCUUGUCGCUUGAGGUCUGCCACGCGAUGGAGUCUUUCUCCAGUUAUUGCCUAUGUCAUGACUUCCGCAAGAUAAUCAUCAACGCUGCGUCUAUGCUGGGUGUCACGAGCCCAGACAACAGGACAGAGACGGCGGGGCCGCAAGCGGACAUGCAGUCGAUGCUCGGUUUGAUUCACGAGUCCGGGUUCGAGUGGCCAGGCGGCUUAUUCGACUUCACGAAUACUGCGAACGUUGAUUGGAAUAUGUAAAAUGAUACACAGUCUGCUGGGACCCUCACAUAGUGCAAUGCCUCAAUUGAGCCGCCGCACCCAUGGCCAUCACAAUUUCGAUCUUGUCAACGCCGCUUUCCGAGUUUUCCGGAACUCUUCUACCCUCGCUUGAUCCGCUAGCUCAAA